AUGAUUGUCGUGUCCGGCAAACCCAUUGCCCACCGCGAUGCCGCCCCUGGAGCCAGCGCCGGUCACGUCCGCAGGGGGAAGCGCAAAGUGAUCUCUCGCGGCGGCUACUACAUCAUAAGGAGCAGCUCGGGGAGCUCGCCCUGGAGUUCCACCAGCUACGACUCGGGCGCCGGCUACCACAACAGCCGCUACCAGGGCUACGGCUACAACACGCGGGGUCCCAUCGGCGACGGAGGGACGAGGACGUACUCCUUCCCCUCGGACGACGUGGAGAAGCGGCGCCACAACCGACGGGCCACGAGGAAGCGGCUCAACAAGUCGUUCAAGCGCGAGAUCGCCCGCUACGCCAUCAUGUACGGCGCCGAGCAGACUGCCAAGCACUAUGAGCCCAGCAUCGGUCGGAAACUCAAGAGCCACGUGAUCGCCAAGUUCGUCGAGAGACAUCGCGAUAGCUUCCAGAACCUCAAGAAAAGGAAGAAAAAGAACAGGAAAGCAAAAGAGAGAAGGGAAGAUAAACAUUAAAGAGCCCAGGGGGGGAAUAUCAUUUUGUUGGUAUCCACAUUAGAACUUUUCAUUCCAGUGAAUGAAUUUCCGAGUCAUGUAUUUUUAUUUUAGAAGGAAGUAUUUGCUCGAAGUACAGCGACUUUAUAAAGAGUCACUUACCUAUCCAUUCAGGACUUGCUUGCUCACCUAGGUUAAGUCUACCAUUGAGAUUCAAGCCCGUUACCACUUACAACAGUGUAAAAGUUAGCGCACCGGAGAUGGACCGCAUGAAAUACACCCCGGUUGACUUUCCGUAAAUGGUACCUGUCUUUGACCUGUAUAUCCCAUAUUGGGUAGAUGUUUAUGUAGCAGAUCUAUAACUUGUCUAUUU